AUGCUCGAUUACGUGCGGCGCUCGCGCUUGCACCUCGUCACCGGCGGACACGACGCCGCGGAGGAGACGCCGUGCGCGCACUGCGCGCGCGGGCGCCACGUCGGCGCGAACGCGCGACGGUGCGCGCAGGUGCGCGCGUACGCGUACUCGAGCCCGAACCUGUCGCUGUGCGAACGACUGUUCCUGAACGCGUUCUGGGACGGCGCGGUGCGGCGAUCGUGCCCGACGUGGAUCGCGCCGAACCUCAUGACCGCGCUCGGGCUGCUCGCGAUCGCGGUGGCGUACGCGCUGAUUUGGACGCUGAGCCCGAAUUUAGCCUUCGAGGCGCCGCGGUGGACGUACGCGGCGUGCGCGGCGUUGGCGUUCGCGUAUCAAACCGCGGAUGGGAUGGAUGGGAAACAGGCGCGAAGGACGAAAUCUGGAUCGCCGUUGGGUGAGGUGGUGGAUCACGCGUGCGACGCGCUGUCGAUGUGCAUUUAUCCGUUGAUAGUGAUGGAUAUCUUUGGCGUCGGGCAUCGCUCGCGAGACGCUCGGGCGAUUUGUACGACUAUGAUGAUGACGGGAAGGGCGAUGUUUGUGGUCGAUACCGUGUCGUCGACGUUUACCGGGGUGUUACCCGUGAGCGAAUUUUUGGAUUCGCAGGAGAUUCAGCUCAUUUGUCAGACGUUGAUGCUUUGCGUGGCGUUUUCGGGAUCGAACGCGUUCUUGUACGCGCCGGUCACCGUCCCGUUCGUGGGCGCAACCACGCUCGGACGCGCGGGCGCGGUGUUUUGCAUCACCACGGGCGCGAUCUCGCGCGUGGGGACGUUCGUUAACACCGUGCUGAAAGCGAACAAAAAAGAGGCGCCGCCACAUUGGCCGGCGUAUAGGAAGCCGCUUAGCAUCGCGGCGAGGUGCGCUCUCGUUGAAGCGUUUCACGGACUUUGCCUGUACAAGGCGAAGAAUUUCGCGUACGCGCACGCGACGAGCUCUAUCUUAUUCGGCGAGUCGGAAGCGCGCAUCAUGAGCAUUCGCGUGUCCGAUCCCGACUUCCCAGUCACGAACUGGUUAGCUUUGUUCAUCAUGGCGCUCACGACUGUCGUUCCCGAGGGCGACGCCUUCGUGAGCGGCAUGCUCAUGGGCGCCGCCCUCUUCAUGCUGCUUCAUCGAGGGUCGUGUUUGGCGGCGCAAAUCACGGGAUGCUUAGGCAUGCAUCCAAACAUUUUUAUCAUCAGGCCGAGAGAUGCAUAG